GUUCAUAUAUCAUUAUCAUUAUCUUUCACUCGGAAAGGUUGUAAAGACAUGGGUACACGUUCCCAUUGUCUCCACCGCUAAGCCUACAUAAUUGAUGAUGAUGAUGAUAUGAGAAAAUAGGGGGAGGGAGAGAGAAUAUGAGAAAAUUUAUUCAUUUGCUUUGUUUCUAGGUUUUCUUCAAAAAGAAAAGAAAAAGAAGGAAAUGGGGAGAGGAAAGGUGGUUUUGGAGAGGAUAGAAAACAAGAUCAACCGCCAAAUAACCUUCUCCAAAAGAAGAAAUGGUUUGCUCAAAAAAGCCUGUGAACUCUCUGUUCUUUGUGAUGCUGAGGUCGCUCUCAUCAUCUUCUCUAGCCGAGGCAAGCUCUUCGAGUUUGGUAGCACAGAGAUGACCAAAACCUUGGAGCGGUAUCGACAAGUUUGUUACUGCUCACAAGACAUUGACAAUGGAACACAGCAGAACUUAUACCAAGAGGUCACAAGGUUGAAGGCGAAAUACGAAUCCCUUGAGCGUUUUCAGAGGAAUUUGCUUGGAGAAGAACUUGGACAUCUUAAUGUGGAAGAGUUGCAGAAGAUUGAGAAACAACUAGACAAUACUCUUUCAAAAGCCCGACAAAGGAAGUCACAGUUGCAGCUAGAACGAUUGGAGGAACUACGCAAAAAGGAGCAUGAUCUUCAGGAGGAAAAUAAACAGCUCAAGAUUAAGCUUGAAGGAGGACAAGCAGCUAAUCAAUGUCUAGGAGGCCCUAUUUACAACCAAACUAUGGUGCACCAUUCAUACCCUAAUAAUUUGGGACUCCAACUCAUAUUAUAGACUCCAUUUGAAAGAAGGUAUCAUCAGAAAGAAAUGUUUGGUCCGAGGAACGUUAUCCGCGGGAGGAAUAAGUGACACGUCUCAUACAUACAUAUAUAUA